GAGUAGCAUCUCACUGCACCCUGAUAUGGAGGAGCUAUCUGAGGGCAGCAACUCCACGGCAGAGCUCAUCAAACUAGGGAGGAGUCUGCCAGUUACAGGAGAAAACAUACAGCUGUUAAGCAUGACAAGAAUGAAGAACUGAAUUCCACCUAUCAGAGAUCAGGGCUGUCCAAGAUGUUUGACAGCUAUGGUAUCUCAGAGGGACGUCUCUCACAGCUUACUGACACUACUAUGAAGGAUACUAGUAUUUCUGGACAAGAGCCCAUGAGUGGUUCUUUUUCCACGAUCACCUGGCCCAAGGCACCCAGUACAGUAUCAUCUCCAUCGCCAGUCUCCAAACCAGCCACUAGGAGCAGUCUCUCACGACCAGCCCACACCAAGGCCUUCAUGGCAGAGAAGAUGUCACCGUACAACAGCCUGUUAAGGAGUCUAACCGAUGACUUCUCCGGUUUGAGUGGAAGCAAUGGUUAUCAGAAAGCAACACCAGCCACCACCACUGCCAUUCCUGCAAAUUCCACAGCCGCCAAAGGCUACAGCGCAGCAACUGCAACGGAGCAACCUCAACGCAGGUCUUUGCGCCUUACACCACAGUCCACAGCAACAUCAGCUGCGCAACAACAGGGCUUGAGACGUAGGACUCCGCAGCAAGGGACAAACCUCGAGUCUGGAACUGGACAUAAGUCUGGAUCAUCAUCUAAGCAGCCAAGAGCUUCCCAGCGCAGAUCACCAAGAUUCACCCCACCAGCUAGGCAAGGCCAACGGGUACCACUAAUGUCAGCUGGGCAACCCCUCACACCUCAAGUCAAGAAGGCAACGUACCCUGCCAAAUUGCCACAACCCGACUUGGAGAGCAGAGGGAGACAUCAUGCACACUCCCCACCAGUUAGGGGGUCUCCUACAAAAUCCGUUCGAACAAGGUAUCCAGUUGAGUUGGUGCAGAGGUAUGAAGCAGAUAGGAAAGAGGUGCAGGGUUCUUCGACUUCUGGACGACCUUCUGGUGCAGCAGUUGCUGCGACGUACCCUUCAAGACUAGCACAGGAUCGGAAGUCUCCUGCAGCCGGCAGGUACACAGAUGCACCUACUGGACAAGAAGUGGCGCCCUCAACGGAAUGGGAGAGAUACCCUGCAAGGCUUCCACACCACCACAGUUCCUCUGCGACCAGCCGAUACAGCCAUUCACCAACCCGCCAAGAAGUGGCCUCUGCAACAGAACAGAAGAGGUACGCUGCCAUGUUGCCACCGUACACCAGGACAACGAGACCAUCUGAAACCAGAGAUGGUGGCAAUAUUACGCAGUCUCCAGAGAUUGCUUCAAGAUUAAGAAGGAGCGCAAGAAGGAGUUUAGACCCAGAGAAAAGAGACAGAAGUAGAGAGGAGUCUUCCUUAGGAGCUGACGUGGAGGACUCUUAUGACAGGAGUUUCAUGAGGAGAAAGGUUGCCAGGAGACGGCGAGUCGCCUUUGAGGAUGAGCGAAGCCAGAGGUUUCCUGCAGAAGAUACUGAUGAUGAACAUUCAUCUCAAAGGUUUAGGUUCAGCAGAGAGAGUGAUGAGGAAAUGACAUUACAGACCUACCCUACAGCCAUCACAGUCGUCUAACUAGGAAUAAC